GCCAUGGCGUUUGCGGUGAAGACCCUGGUGGGUGGCCGGCUGAAGACUCUCACCGGGAGCCUGGGGGUCGGAGAGGACACGGGGGACGGGGGCAAGUCUGUGGCUGAAGCGCAAGGCAUGAACCGGGAGGAGCAGGAGUAUCAGAAGCAACUGGUGGAAGAGAAGAUGGAACGGGACGCGCAGUUCACACAGAGGAAGGCAGAGCGGGCCGCGCUGCGGAGCCACUUCCGAGACAAAUACCGGCUGCCCAAGAACGAGACAGACGAGAGCCAGGUCCAGACGGCAGGUGGAGAUGUGGAGCUGCCCCCGGAACUAGCUAAGAUGGUGGCCGAGGACACGGAGGAGGAGGAAGAAAGGGCCUCGGUGCUGGGGCAGCUGGCCAGCCUCCCUGGCUUGGACCUCGGCUCACUCAGGGACAAGGCCCAGAACACACUGGGGGACCUCAAGCAAUCAGCAGAGAAGUGCCACCUCAUGUGA